AAAAUGAUUUUAAUAUGCGCUGAAGACUGCAUGCAGGUUAAUGACUGUCUGAAUUGAGAAAGGAAUUAUUGUUAUAAUAUAGUUAUAACUCUAUAAUCUCUGUGAUUCAUGUCACACAGAACCAUUUUUGUAAUUUCAUUUAACCCUUUAUCUUUGUUCUCCAUUUCCUUUUCUUUUUCUGCAGUGAGAAUCAUGUCGCAGAACAGUUUGAAUGACAACUGCGUCCAUGUUGAUAAGCUUGUAAAGCGCUACUAUCUGCCGGUCAUGUACAGCAUCAUCUUUAUUGUGGGUACGGUGGGGAACAUCUCAGCUCUGGUGGUGUACGUGUUUAAAGUACGGCCCUGGACUAACAUGACCAUCAUCAUGGUAAAUCUUCUCGUCAGUGACCUCCUACUCAUGUCCUCCCUGCCUUUCUUAGUUUACUUCUAUAACAACAAUGACAUGUGGACGCUGGGACUUGAUAUGUGUCGCUUCACGCACUUCAUCUUUCAUUUUAACUUAUAUGGCAGCAUCCUCUUCCUCACCUGUCUGUCCUUUUUCCGCUACGUUGGAAUUGUUCGUCCGGCGCAGAAGGAGAAAAUGAAGAAGAUGCGCUGGGGUGUGCUGGCCUGUGUGUUUGUCUGGGUUGUUGUACUAGCCAUGAUAUCUCCAAUCUUUAAAAACUUUGAAUUAAAAUUAAAAAACAACAAAACCGUAUGUCCGGACCUUGCCAGCACUAACAAAGACUUCAUCUGGCCGUAUAGCUGGGUGCUGACUGUAGUGGGAUAUCUAUCGCCUCUAAUCGUGAUCUGUUUGUGUUACUGGCGUAUCAUGAGAAAGUUAGGAAAGGGUGCUCACACAAAGAGCAGGGCAAGAAUAAAGGCAAGAAGAGUUAUUGUGUUGAUAUUGACCUGCUUUAUUGUGUGUUACUUGCCUUAUCACGUACUACGAGCUUUGAGAAUUUACACAAGGAUCAUGCCGAAUGUCACCUGCAUGUUGGACCACGGUGCGCAUGCUGUAUAUGUGAUAUCAAGACCGAUCGCUGUUCUUAACACAGUUUUUAACAUGAUGCUGUACACAUUGUCUGGGGAUUCCUUUAAACAGGCCUUCAUGGAUUUCUUUAGGUGUAAACAGCUCAUGGAAAAGAAUAAAGAGAACAGUAAGGUGUCUGUGAUCAGCAAAUCCUCAUCCGACUUACAGUAGUGUACGCUGUAAAACUUCUACAUUUUUUUCAAAUCAACAUAUAUUUUUAUGUUACAUUUACAUGUAUUUAUAUUUAAUUAUCGGCAUAAAUAUUUCUACACUGU